AUGGCAAGUUCAAUUGUGAAGGUAUUUUGCUUGGUGGUAUUGGCCAUGGUGAUAGCAUCACCAGUGACACAUGCCAUAACAUGCAGCCAAGUGGAUAGCAACUUUGACCCAUGCUUGAAUUACCUAACUUUUGGCGGGAGCGGGACUGUCCCGGCUAAGUGCUGUAACGGUCUUAAGUCGUUAAGCAAUGCAGCCAGAACUCCCGCCAACCGUCAAGCUACCUGCAAUUGCUUGAAAGAAACUGCAGGUAGAAUCAAAGGAUUCGACUACAAUCUUGCCGCUGGACUUCCCGGCAAGUGUGGUGUCAGCAUUCCUUGCAAAAUUAGCCCCUUCACCAACUAA